UGGACUUCUCUACAACGAUGACGACUACUCCCACGGCGGCGAACGGUCACACUUCGCCGCGAAACUCAUCAAUUCCCUCAAGCUUCACAAAGUUCAACUCAGCUCUAACGGCGGGUCUCCUAAAUCCGAUGUCACCUCCUCCUCCUCCUCCGGCGAUGCACGACAAGUCGCGAGCAAGUCCGACGCUAUUCGAGAUGAUGUCCAGCGAAGCCGGAUCUCCCGUUCAGAUCCACAACCUCGUCCUUCCAUCGUCCUCUUCUUCCAGAACGACGACGAAUCAUCUCGUAAUCUCAGCUCAGGACAAGCAAGCGCUCGCAAUGCAACGGAUUUCGAAUCUUUUAGUGACUCGGAGCCCCGGGAACCAGUUCAACGACCCGGCUUCGAGCGACGUGAAGCUCACUCUGAGCUCUAAAGACGGGAUUAGCAUCACGAUGUGUGUGCACAGGCAGAUUCUCGUUGCGCACAGUAGGUUCUUCGCUACGAAGUUGUCGGAUCGUUGGUCGUCGUCUCCUUACAUUGUUGAGAUCUCGGAUUGUGAUGACGUGGAGGUUUAUAUAGAGACGUUGAUGUUGAUGUAUUGUAGGGAUUCGAGGAAGAAGAUGAUGAGGCAGGAUGUGUCUAGAGUUCUUGGUAUCUUGAAGGUUUCGGCACCUAUUGGGUUUGAUGCUGGAGUACUGUCGUGUCUGGAGUAUUUGGAAGCAGCACCGUGGUCGGAAGAUGAGGAACACAGGAUUGCUUCGUUGUUAUCUGAGCUACACCUUGAGAACGUAGGAGCAACGGAAGUUCUGAGAAGGGUUUCUGUAGAAGCUACUCACAAUGGGAGCAGCAAUGAUGAGGUGCUUUUAAAUCUUUUGCAUAUAGUUCUUGAAGGUAAAGACGAGAAGGCGAGGCGUGAUAUGAAAACCCUUGUUUCGAAAAUGCUUAGAGAGAACUCCUCUGGUAAUGAUCUUAGGAAAGAGUCUUUGUAUUUAGCUUGUGAUGGGUGUUUGCAUAAGCUUAAGCGUCAGUUUCUACAAGCAGCAGAGUCUGAUUUACGAGUCUGA